AUGUCUACUCGCCCACCAGUUUACAUUGUAUCCGCAGCUCGAACCCCAGUGGGCUCGUUCCUUGGCUCCCUAUCGACUCUCACUGCCCCUCAGUUAGGAGCUCACGCGAUAAAGGCUGCCGUCGAACGGACCCAGGGAAUAAAGCCAGAGGAUGUAGAGGAAGUCUUCUUCGGCAACGUUCUCUCCGCAAAUGUUGGCCAAAACCCCGCCAGACAAUGCGCAUUGGGCGCUGGGCUCUCUGAAUCUACCAUCUGCACCACCAUAAACAAGGUGUGCGCCUCUGGUCUUAAGGCCGUUAUCUUAGGUGCUCAAACCAUCAUGACUGGUAACGCCGAUAUCAUUGUUGCGGGCGGAGCAGAGUCUAUGUCGAAUACCCCCCAUUACCUCCCCAACAUGCGCACUGGUGCUAAAUAUGGUCACCAAUCCCUCACGGACGGUAUUAUGAAGGACGGUCUAUCGGACGCCUACGGAAAGAAGGAGCUUAUGGGUCUACAGGGAGAAGAGUGUGCCCAGGACCACGGAUUCAGCCGUGAGCAGCAGGACGAAUAUGCCAUCCGCACAUACCAGCGUGCCCAAGCUGCACAGAACUCGGGUGCUCUCAGCGCGGAGAUUGCACCAAUUGAGAUUCCAGGUUUCCGCGGCAAGCCUGGUGUGGUUGUUGACAAGGACGAGGAGCCCAAGAAUCUCAACCCUGAUAAGCUCCGAGCCAUUAAGCCCGCCUUCAUCCCCAACGGUGGAACAAUCACAGCUCCCAACUCCUCUCCUCUCAACGACGGUGCAGCUGCUCUCGUCCUCGUCUCCGAAGCUAAAUUGAAAGAGCUAAACCUCAAGCCCCUGGCCAAGAUCCUCGGAUGGGGUGACGCAGCCAAGGCACCCAGCAAAUUCACCACCGCCCCAUCCCUCGCUAUCCCCAAGGCUCUUAAGCACGCUGGCGUUGAGCAAAGUGCUAUUGACGCCUUUGAGAUUAACGAGGCAUUCAGUGUCGUUGCGUUGGCGAACAUGAAGAUUCUCAACCUUUCCGAGGACAAGGUUAACAUUCACGGCGGCGCUGUGGCGUUGGGACACCCACUUGGAGCAAGCGGUGCGCGUAUCCUGACCACUCUUUUGGGUGUGUUGCGUGAAAAGAAGGGAAAGCUUGGAUGCGUGGGUAUCUGCAACGGUGGUGGCGGUGCUAGUGCUAUGGUCAUUGAAUCCUUGCAGUAG